UUAGUUAUUUCUUACAGAUUACAAAGCAAUACUAUACUGUAUAGGUUUAUAUACGUUAUAUACAUGUGGCUAAUGUGCGCUUCAUAUACCAUGGUGUACACCAAAUGCACAAUCAAAAAAGUCUAAGUACAAGGACACUUCAUUACAAAAUAACUACAUACUAACUUCACUAUGAGUGAUGACAGCUCUAAACACGAAACUCCUAAAACACCGGAAGUCGAUAUGGACGAUUCUGGCUUCUUAACAUCAAGCACUGGUGCCGCUUCUUCAUCACCAAACUUUUUAAUACCGGAUGAAAAUGUUACUUCCACAUCCGAUUACACAGAAGAUCAGACAUUUUCUGAUUCUGUUAAAAGUUCGAAUAAAAAGUCCAAGGCGAACACUGGCCUUGCUGGUGAUAUAGUAGAUAAAACAAACAUUAUUGCUAAAGACCCUGAUAGUUCCAACCACUGUAGUGGUGAUGCAAAGCAAACCCCUGCAGCAGACAUAUGCCCAAAGGAAGAACAGAAAAAUAAAGAAGCUCUUAAUAAAGACAUUGAAGAAGACGUCUCCGAAGGGCAUGCUUUGGAAAAAUGUAAAAUAGACGAUGCCUCUCCAUCAGAGAAGCGAACUGGUGUUUCUCAUAGGUUAAAAAGGGGGUCAGAUGUGUCAGACAAUAGUGACGAAAAUGGUUCAAAAAAUGUGGAAGAAAAUAAAAUGUCUGUUCCAACUGAUGCGAAAAAAAUAAAGACAUCAGAUGCAAGCUCAGAUGAAAGCAACGAGUUUAAAGACGCAAAUGAACCAUGUGAAAGCAGUGGUACAAGAAAAUCUGGUAUACGGAAUUACAGUGAUCUUACUUCUGAUGAAGAUGAUGUAGGACCUAGCUCAGAAACGUCAAGUUUUUCACUGAGUUCAGAGUCAGACACUGUCCCCAUUUCAUCUGAUGGAGCGAAAGAAAAAGUGGAAGAAGAAGAAGCAUGGCUUGGUAAGGACAUCAGUGAUCUUCCAUUUCCACAGUGGAAUUCAGUGUGUAGUCUUCGAGAGCGACAGACACUUGCAUGUAGAAGAUACUGGACCUCAAAGGUAUGUGGUUCCCUAGCAAUGACCAAACGUCUUGAAUUACAAUGGAAAUUGGAGAAACAUGACGGUUGUGUGAACGCUCUUAACUUUAACCAGUCUGGUACAUUGUUGGCAUCGGGUAGUGAUGAUCUUCAUGUAAUGUUAUGGGACUGGAAGGACAAAUUCGCAGAUCCUGUUAUUUCUUAUGACUCCGGACACAGAAGUAAUGUAUUUCAAGCAAAAUUUCUUCCAAACUGCGGAGAUUCAUCUGUUGUUAGUUCUGCCAGGGAUGGCCAGGUAAGAGUUGCUGAUAUAUCUUCCACUGGAAGUUGCAGAGGAACAAAGAAAGUUGCUCAGCAUCGGGGAUCAGCUCAUAAGUUAUCAUUGGAUGUUGCAUCCAGAUCCACCCUCUUAUCUUGUGGGGAAGAUGGAGUUGUGUUUGGAAUUGAUCUUCGUUUAGAUAAACCCGCCGAAAAACUGGUCACAACCAAAGUUGCAAACCGUCGAAUCCCUCUCUACUCAAUCCACAACAACCCAGGACGUCCUCACGAGUUUGCUGUUAGUGGAAGAGACUCUCGAGCCAGGAUAUAUGAUCGUAGGAUGCUGCCAACAAGUGGUGAAUCCACGGAGCCCGUAAAGCUCUUCUGCCCGCAUCAUUUGGAAGAUGCAUCAAACGUAAAAGGUGGUAAAAUUUUAACCGCAGCCAACAUCACUUGUCUUGUGUAUAACUGGUGCGGAAGUGAGUUGCUAUGCAGUUAUAAUGAUGAAGAUAUUUAUCUCUUUGAUACCUCCCAUUCUUCAGGAGCAGAUUAUAUUAAAAGAUAUAAGGGCCACAGAAACAAUGCAACUGUCAAAGGAGUCAACUUCUAUGGCCCACGAUCGGAGUUCGUUGUUUCAGGCAGUGACUGCGGGAACAUCUUUUUCUGGGAGAAAAGAUCAUCCAGGGUAGUCCAGCUUAUGGAAGGUGAUGAUGGAGGUGUAGUUAACGUGUUAGAACCUCACCCAAGCUUUCCAAUCCUUGCCACCAGUGGUUUAGAUCAUGAAGUGAAAAUAUGGGCGCCCACUGCAAGCGGAAUGGGUGAAGUAAACGAAAUGAGUCGUCUAAAAGAGUGCAUGCUGACGAAUAAAAGGGACCGUGAACAAGAAAGACAAGGAAUGUCAUCUACAAUUGAUGGCCAUCUAAUGUGGUUUCUUAUGAGAACAUUACGUGGUCGCAGGAGAACGGAACGAAGAGAAGGAGAAGAGAUCAGCUCGGAAGAAGAUGAUGCUCAAUUCUCCUCCGGUGACUCCUCUGAUUCAGAAGACGAAGGAAUACCAAGAUGCACGCAAUCCUGAAGAACUCAACAUCAUAUGCUUAAACACUGCAAUAUUAAUUGUCUCCAAAACUGUCUUCUUUUUCUUCCUCUAAUUUAUUACAAUUUUGUCUCUCUGCUCAAAAGCUUAUUGUUUUACAACUUUUUUUGUUGCCUGAUGCAAAGUAUUUACAGACUGACAGUUAGAAAAACAAAUUUUCUUUUAUUUAUUAAUAAGCUAAAACAGAACACAUGCUAGUUUCUCUAAGUGCUUUCUUAGGUUUGCUAUAUUCUGUAUUUAAAGUAGUGACAUCUUUUUUUAUGCAACACUGCAAGGAAAUCUGGAAACACCGUGAAAAAUUCAUUGUUUUAGUUUCAGAAUAUUUUAAAACAACUACAAAAAUAAAUCCUGUUCCCCUAUCAUACCAUGUCACUUGCUUAGCAUGCCAAGUAUGACAUCUACAUCAAUAACUUUUGCCAUUAAAGCAAUGUAAAUUAUGUAAAAAUUAUCCACAAGUCACUACAGAGUGUUGCCUUUCGUUGCUUCCCACUGACUUUUUUGUUUUUUAUUUAACUGUGAGUGAGCGUCAUUGUUUUCUUGAGUAAUUCUGCAAGAAAAUUGCAGAAGUUUAUCAGUUAGCAAAACACAUGAUUGCUUUAUAAUAAACUUACCGCGUCAGAAAUGUAA